CGCCGAGGCGCCCUUGGCUGGGAGGGAGCCCAGGGGGCGCCUGGAGUCCUUCCCGGCCUAGUUGAAGGUCAUUGCUUAGAAUGCAACUGAAUCUCAACAGCCAUGAAGUGGCUAUGUGUAAUUAUGAGUCCCAAAUUCAGAUACUCUCUUAUGGUAAACAUAGCAAUGAUUUCAAACCGGAUGAAAGUGAUUCCAUCUUCUUAUAUCCUUAGUAAUAGACUGAUGUCAUAUUACAAAGCUAAAAAGAACAUCACAGAAUAUUACAAUAUACUUCAGCUUAGUGAAGGAUGUUCUGCAAACGAAGUAAGAGAAUCUUUUCGUCAGCUUGCCAAGCAGUUUCACCCAGAUAGUGGAUCCGGUACAGCUGAUUCUGCAUCAUUUAUACAAAUAGAAGAAGCCUAUAGGAUAGUAUUGGCCCAUGUAGCAGAGAAAACAAAACAGAGACAAAAGAAAUUUGAGGAAGAGGAGGAAGAAGAUGCAUCCACAUAUAAAACACCACAACACAGACAUUAUUUAAGUUAUGAAGGUUUUGGUUUUGGGACUCCAAGUCAACGAGAAAAACAAUAUAGACAAUUUAGAGCAGAUCGUGCUACGGAAAAAGUAAUGGAAUAUCAAAAGCAGAAACUAGAAAACCAAAUUUAUAAGCAUAGUGUGAUUGCUAAAAAUGUAAGACAAAGUAAACAACAAAAAAUAACGCAAGCAAUUGAGCGCUUAGUUGAGGAUCUCAUUCAAGAGUCAAUGGCUAAAGGAGACUUUGAUAAUCUCAGUGGUAAAGGAAAGCCCCUGAAAAAAUUUUCUGGCUGCUCGUACAUUGAUCCCAUGACUCAUAACCUGAAUAGGAUUCUAAUAGAAAAUGGAUACCAGCCAGAAUGGAUUCUAAUGCAAAAGGAAAUAAAAGAUACUAUUAAGCAACUCAGAGAAGACAUUUUGACAUCAAGGAAUAAACUUGGGCAUCCAAUGACACCAAGUGAGCUAAAGCAGUGGACUGAAGUUUGUGAGAAAUUUCAAGAAAAUAUUAAAAAAUUAAACAAGCGAAUUAAUUAUUUUAAUUUGAUUGUUCCUAUUCUAAACAGGCAAAAAGUUCAUUUUGAUGCAGAGAAAGAAAUUGCCAGAGUCCAAAAAACUUGUGAAAAUCCAAUAAAAACAGAGAAGAUGGAUAAAAAAAGCACAGUUAACAUUGAAUCAGAAAUCCAACAAACAGUUGGAUUUAAGAAAGGCUUUUUAAAAUGGUUAACUCUAUGGAGAUGGAGUAAAAUAUGAGGAUUUCAGGAUUCAGUGCCAUUGUAUUUCAAAAAGUCCUUUUUUUUAGAUCUGCUGACUUCAAACGUGAAAUAUAUUUGCUGUCAUACUUAUUUAUGUCUGCUCAUCUCUAUUCUUUUGUCAAUGAAUCUGAAAGUUAUUAAGUGAAAGAAUUUCCAACCAGUCUUUAGGAUGUAUGUGCCCACCAACUAUAUACGAAAGACUACAACAAAAAAAAAAAUCCAAAAACCACAAACUCAAGAGGACUCAUUUGGGAUGGGGCAAGAACCACAUUCUGCAAAUUUUGGAAUUAAAAACAUUAGUCAUCAGUUGAAAUGAGUAAAGAUAAGAAUGUGGAACUAGUAAAUUCAGGUCAUGAAGUCAAUAAAGAUUGCUUCUACUAUUAAACUAUUUUUUUGCCUUAAGGCUGUGUCUAUUCACACUAAAUGAACAGACCUUUAGCUGGAUUGUAAUGCAGCUCAUUGCUUCAUCAUUUUGACCUCAGUUAUUAUUAGAGAUAAUUAGAAUGAAAAAAGUAACCAAUUUAGAUCCUGGCUCAUCCUCAGUGCGUACACAUAAAAGUGUAGUGUUCAGCAAUAAUGGAUUUAUGAAUGUAUCCCUAUUUUAAUAGAUAAAAUGAUGUUAUUGACCUAAAAGAACCUUAUCAGAGAUAGCUUUUAAUAUCUUUAGAUGAGAAAUUGUUCAGAUUUAGUAAAAUUAAGUUGUAACAAAUUGGGCACAAUUGAGCAUCCCUACAUUCCUAUUUUAUUCUGCCUUUGUCUUUCAAAUGGUAGACCCUCUAAGAGGAUGGGAUAGAAAUAUUAAAACCCAAUUAGAAAAAUAGUGUUCUUAUGUUUUUAAUCCCUAUGAUUCUUUUAUUACAACAAUGGAAAAUAUAUUUGUGUCUGCCAUUUUGCUUUCUUGGGGAAUGGAAAGAAAUGAGCAUAGAUGGUAUUUUUUUUAUACUCUAUCCAUUUUCAGAAAAAUUAGCUUUUUUGAUAGCUUCUUUGCUUACAAAAAUUAAUAUGAAAAAUCAGAUGAGUGUAAAAAGGUCAAGAAUCCUUUAAAGCAUUACAUUAUUAAAUUUAGUUGUAUGUGUUAUUGAGAAACUUGUACAAAUUACUCUAAUUUUAGAGGAACAAAUAGUUUUUCAAAUGUGUUUAUGAUAAAACUAUUUUCCAAACAUUAGCUCUCUCCAUUAUAAUAAUUUAUGUGGUUGGUUUUAUUGUUUAAUAAAGCAAAAUUUGAUUCAUA